CGGGGGCGGGGGUCUGGCCCUGGGCUGAGCCGGAGUGGUCGCCCCUGCUGGCCCCAGGGCCCGAUGCCGGCCCCCUGGAGUCUGUCCGAGGAGUUUGGAGGGGGGAGGGUGCCGUGGCUCGGGGCUGGGCGCAGGGCGGCGGGUCCGGCCACCGGCGAGGACCUGGUGAGCCGCGCGAUGGCCAAGCCGCUGCGAAGAAGAUGAGGCAGAAGGAGGUGCUGGCCAAGCCCUUCCAAGGCCCGGCGGCUGUCUGCAGGACCGCGACCAGCCACGUGUACGUGUUUCAGGAUGCCAGUGGGGACUCCUCGGAGGACGAGGCACAGCCGGUGGCCCUGAGGCCUCGGGGGAAGGAGCGCCAGAGGAGCAGCGCCCCCGCGGCGGGCGGGGGCCACACGGUGCUGCUGCAGCGGGAGCUGGCGCAGGGGGACAGCCUCAACAAGCUAGCCCUGCAGUACGGCUGCAAAGUCGCAGAUAUCAAGAAAGUCAACAACUUCAUCAGAGAACAAGACUUAUAUGCUGUGAGAUCGAUUAAGAUUCCCGUGAGGAACCACGGGAUCCUAACGGAGGCUCAGGAAGAACUGCGGCCCCUCGCAGGCCCGUCCCCCGAGACCGGAGCGGCCUUGGCCGAGUUGCCGGGCGCAGACAGAGCAGCCGCGAGCGCGGACGCCCAGGCCAGCCAGCUGACGGAUUUCUUCCAGGGCAUCGACCAGAACAUUGAGCGCGUGGUGCAGUCCGAAGUCUUCCUGAGGGAAAGCUGCUGCCUGGAGACCUCCGGGCAGCCGCUGCUCCCGGCUCCCCCUGCCACGCCGCCGAGUGGCGCCGACUGUGGCCUUCAGUGGUGGAACGCUGUGGUCAUCAUGCUCCUCAUUGGCGUUGUUUUGCCGGUGUUUUAUUUGGUCUAUUUUAGAAUACAGGCUUCUGGCGAGGCCCCGAGUGGCCUGAACACGACGUCCCCCAGCGGCUCGGUGGCACUGAGUGCGGCGCCUGGGCAGGCCCCCAGACCAGCGAUCCCAGUGCCGACCGUCACCUCUUCGGAUGGCCGGUUAAGUCAGACCACCCCGGCAGGGCACUAAGGCCCGGCUUUAGCAGUGGCCUCAGACACGCACCAGCUGUCACUGGCCAUGUCCUCGGGUGCCGCUGGGAUGUACGGACGCGUUUCAGAAGUCACUACUAUGUUCCACACCACGCUGACCCCGGGCACGGGCUUUCCCGAUCCAAGGCUACAGGAUCCAAAAUACCAGUGCCCUCAGCCUGUGUCUCCAGAGAGGAGCAGCGAGAGCAGCUGCGUGUGACAGGUGGCCGUGUCGUGAAGACAUCUAGCGGACUGGCGGCCCCAAGGUCACUGUGCUCCGAGGAGAGGAACGCCCUCGGCCAAGAGACCUGCAGCGCGGGAGCGCCUGGCGUCGGCUUGGCAGCGUCCCUGCCUGCUGUGACGUGGGGACUGGCGCUGAGAAGUGGUCUCCUGUGUCUGCAGGGGACAAGCACUGUGGGCUGCUGUUGCUGUGUCCCCAGGUGAGAGGGUGGCGAGUUCCGUGUGUCAGGCCCCACUUCCGGUUUGCCUUUUGAGGCGGUGCUGCUCUAGACGUGGGAAGCCCCAAAUCCCAGCUGCCGUCUUGGAGUGGUGGUCUGUGCCUUGUCUUUUGAGAGCCGCUCAGCCUGACAGGCCGACUGCUGGUUCCCCAGCGGGGCGUCCCCACAGUGCUGGGGACCUGGCGCUUGCAGUUGCAUUCUGGGAAGCCGUUGUAGGACACAGGUCUGUCACCAAGGUCCCAGCGUGCGGCCGAGAGUAGCAGCCUUGUGCGUGCCUGACCUGGGCGUUCUCACCACGUUCCUGACUGUGCUGAGGGCCCGAGCGCCACAGCGGGUGCCCUGGAAUAACAUCUGUCUACAGUGUGGCUUGUCAUCUUAAAAGACCAACACAGAGAGAGGCUCGAGGUGGCCCUAACUGUGGAGGCGACAGAGGGCCAGGUGCCUGAGGGAGAAGGGGCCUGCCCAGCGAGGCAGCGGGUAGGGUCGGAGUGGGAGCCGGCCGCUGCCUGCGAGGUAAAGGCUGAUGGCUCAGGCCUGGGGCCCUGGACCGGAAAGCAAACACGUGCCGGGGAUGCUGGGCUCUCGGGGGCUAUGGCAUCGGACGCCUUUGGCCUGGAGAUGAGUGCGAAAGACCCUGUGCAAGAGGAGGGGCUGCAGAAGAGACCGAGGGGACCUCCGGUCCCUCCUCUCCGCUGUGUGUAGCGCUGUCUCCCCAGGUCCAGUCUGCACAUCCAAAUCCUCUUCCAAGCUGUGUUCUGGGGAAGUGAGACGCUCUGGGGGCCAGGGGGCCGCGAACCUUUGCCUCAGAAGCCCUGCAGGUGGACUGCUCCCCCCGCCCGCUGCGCUGCCCGGGGCCCGGGCCUGUGGGAGAGCCGCUGCUGCCCGGCCAACAAGGAAGGUCCGCAUCUCGGCUUUUCCCAGUGGAAUAAAACAGUAUCUUCUGUGAA